CUGCUGCGCCCCCCGCCCACCCCUCGCCUCAGCCGCCGCCUCGCCGCUUCCCCUCGUCGGAGCGGCCGCUCGUCCGCCCGCCCGCUCGAGGCCCGCGGGGAGCGCGGCGCAGUCCGUCGGCCCGCGGGGGGGCGGCCUCCCGGCAUCUUCGCGGCGACCAAGGACGACCGGGGGAGGAAGCGGCCGGGAUGGCGCGUCCGCGGCCCCGCGAGUACAAGGCGGGCGACCUGGUCUUCGCCAAGAUGAAGGGCUACCCGCACUGGCCGGCCCGGAUUGAUGAACUCCCAGAGGGAGCUGUGAAGCCUCCAGCAAACAAAUAUCCUAUCUUCUUUUUUGGCACCCACGAAACUGCAUUUUUAGGUCCCAAAGACCUUUUUCCAUAUAAGGAAUACAAAGACAAGUUUGGAAAGUCAAACAAACGGAAAGGAUUUAAUGAAGGAUUGUGGGAAAUAGAGAAUAACCCAGGAGUGAAGUUCACUGGAUACCAGGCAAUUCAGCAACAGAGCUCCUCGGAAACGGAGGGAGAAGGUGGAAAUACUGCAGAUGCGAGCAGUGAGGAGGAAGGGGAUAGAGUGGAAGAGGAUGGAAAAGGCAAAAGAAAGAAUGAAAAAGCGGGCUCUAAACGGAAAAAGUCCUACACUUCGAAGAAAUCCUCUAAACAGUCCCGGAAGUCUCCAGGAGAUGAAGAUGACAAGGACUGCAAAGAAGAGGAGAACAAAAGCAGCUCCGAGGGUGGAGACGCCGGCAACGACACAAGAAACACAACUUCAGACUUGCAGAAAACCAGUGAAGGGACCUAACUACCAUAACGAAUGCUGCAUAUUAAGAGAAACCACAAGAAGGUUAUACAUUUGGUUGUCUAAUAAUCUUGGAUUUGAUAUGAACCAACACAUACUCCUUGUUGUCAUUGACAGAACCCCAGUUUGUAUGUACAUUAUUCACACUCCUCUCUGUUGUGUUUGGGGGAAAAAAAGACAUUUUAGCCUUUUUUAAGGUUAUUUAAUUUCAUGUUAUUUGGUUGCAUGAAGUUGCCCUUAACCACUAAGGAUUAUCAAGAUUUUUGCACAAACUUCUACAUGUCUAGGAUCCUUUUAUCAAGGUGGCUGUGUUCACCAUUCUCCUGCCUUGACUCCACUAUCACCAGAGGCUCAGUUAAAGAUAAAUUAGCAUUUUCUUAAAACGACCACUCCACAUAAUGCUUAAGGGAUUUCUUCUCUGUGACAGAACCCAGGAACCGGUUCCUAAACACAUAACGUUGGCAUAUUGAAGAUAAAAUUGAAAUUGUCCUUCAGUUUUGAGGCCAUGUGUAAAGUUUAACCAUAUUGUAAAAUAUCUAUUCCGUAUUAGAAAUAGCUAGUCAACAGCUUAUACUUCUCAAAACUCAUACUGUUAUGUACACAAACUCAGUUUUUAUAUGUGAAGUUAGUGAGUCCUUUUGUGUUAUUCCAAAAUAAAGGCAAUGAUUUAUUUUUUCCCAAUGCCAAUACAAUUUGAGCUAAUCACUCAAGGUGGAUACUUUACAUUUUAAAUGUACUGGAAUCAGCAGUAGCCCUAUGGGAAACCAGACAAAGCAUUGACUUUUAAAUGAACCAUUGUUUUCUUUUGGAGCUAGAGUUAGAAUAGUUGAUACUCAUCCACAAACCAUUAUUACGUGUACAUUAUUGUUGCUAUUGUGAUAAUAGAGAAUUUUAUUUAUUUUUCUGCCAGCUUAUAUUGUGAGAGCUCAUUUGGUCAGUUUGGGUUUCACCAAUCCUGUUAUGCUUGUCCUUGGACCAUCUUUCGCGUAUUCGAGGUUUGUAGUUGAAAAGUUUACUGUAAAAAAAAAAAUCAAAAACAAAAAAAUGUAUUGUUUUUACAGAAUAAAUUUAUUGGAAUGUGUACUGGGAGUAAGAUUUGAGGUUGUAAACAACUAAGUUAGUGUAAUUUGGCUUUAUAUAUGUAAUGUGAGGUAUUAAUGUAAUUCGUAUAUUAAAGCAAAAAUUGUUAACAGCAAGUUGACAAGAGAA